UGCAGCAGGAACGACUGCUCAGACACACACAGGGAUCCAGGGACAGCAGCCCCCACACUGGAAUCUAGAGCCGCACCGCACGAGAGUUGAAGGAAACACUCACAAGUAACACAUCACAAUGGCAGACAAAAUUAAAGAUUCCAAGAUCAUCUUUGUUGUUGGUGGGCCUGGCUCUGGUAAGGGCACCCAGUGUGAGAAGGUGGUGGCCAAGUAUGGAUUCACCCACCUGUCAUCUGGGGAUCUGCUGCGUGCAGAGGUAGCCUCUGCCUCUGAGAGGGGCAAGCAUCUCCAGGCUAUCAUGCAGAAGGGAGAGCUUGUGCCUUUGGACACAGUCUUAGACAUGAUCAGGGAUGCCAUGAUUGCCAAGGCUGAUGUCUCCAAAGGUUUCCUCAUUGAUGGUUAUCCCCGUGAGGUGAAGCAGGGCGAGGAGUUUGAGAAGAAGAUUGGCAAACCCUGCCUGCUGCUGUACAUCGACGCAAAAGCAGAGACCAUGGUGAAGAGGCUGAUGAAGCGUGGUGAGACCAGCGGCCGUGCUGAUGACAACGAGGAGACCAUCAAGAAACGCCUGGACCUGUACUACAAAGCCACUGAGCCAGUCAUUGCCUUCUAUGAGGGCAGGGGUAUUGUCAGGAAGAUUAACUCUGAGCUGCCGGUGGACGAGGUCUUCGGCCAAGUUGCAAAGGCUAUCGAUGCUCUGUAGUGAAACACCUUGACUGGAUGAACUUUGUCUUUGGUUGUUUUUUCUCUGUGUUCAUCUCGUGAGAGAACAACAGCAACAAUAAGGACAACGAUAACAAAAGCAACAAUAACAACCUUCCUGGUCAUCCUGGUUUAUCAUGAAAGGCCAUAAAGCAAAAGAGAUGCCUUAGCUAAAUUCCACUCCUAACCCAGCAACACAAAUCUGUGGUGCAAGGCUCACCACCAUCAAUACACAUCCAUCAGUCUGCUCACGACAAUAUAUCUUAAAAUCCAUUUGUAUGUCCAUGCCUAUAAUUUUUAUGUGUGCACAUAUUCAUAUGUGUGUAGAUGUGAGCAUGCAAGUGACAUCCUAAAUUGAUAGGCGCAUUCAACAUAUUUUUUUUAUAGUUUUACUCAUUCAUUACAUUAUAAUCUCCACUGGACCCCAAUAUACCUGCUUAUCCAGGCUUUAUCUGACUGAGUUUCCACUAAAGCACACUUCACUGUGGUAAAAUUUAGAAGAGGUUCGUGUGAUAAUGAAAGUAAUGAGCAAUGCACACAAGCGGCGGGGUGCUAAUUUCAGCUGCGAGUAAUUACACAAGCCAUCGACAGCUCUGCUAACCAAGACACCUGAAAAGCUGAGAACCCAUGACACUGAAGUCCAAAAGUACCAAGUCUGCACUUUAACAGCAUUUUCAUUUUCAAUUACCUUCAUGCUGCUGUUUACAGAGCCCAGACUCUUCUGGGGGUUGUAUGUUAUAGAUAUGUUAUAGAUAUAUAGAUAUGAUGUUAUAGAUAUUUGGUUAUAAACUCAGCAAUGACUAAAAACAACUUUUCUAAUGCAGCAGGCAUAUUGGCAAAUCAUUGUUGAAUAUACUUUGCACUGUAAUCCACAUUGUACUUAAUAAUGCAUUUAUAUGUAUCUAGCAAUCAGUUUGGCACAUUAUUUUCCUUCACACAUCACGAUGUAUAGUAUGUAACAUAUACAUGGAUAUCUGCAGAGGGGUACCUGUAACACUGGGAAUAUAAGGAAUUAAACAAUGAGAAAUAAUGAAA